UUUAUAAACAUGGCGGCGGGUAUGCGAAACAUGUGAGAGAGAUCAUAACCUCUCAUUGUGUUCGUGACGGCAUAUAUAAGGAUUGACACGAAGUAAUAUAGAGGUUAAAUUUAUUAUUAGUUGAAAAUAUAAAAUUAUAAUAAUGUCAAGUAGGAAGCGGGAACAUGAAGCGAGUGACACAGAAGAUGAUUGGAUUGGACCGUUACCAUCAGAAGCUGCACCACAGAAAAAACAACGAGUCCUAGAGUAUGAACAGGUGUACAUAGAUAAUCUUCCAUGCUGCGAAUGCUACGAAAAGUCUUAUAUGCACAGGGAUGUCAUUACUCAUAUUUUAGUCACAAAAUCAGGCUUUGUGAUAACUGCCAGUUGCGACGGACAUGUCAAAUUUUGGAAAAAACAAGAGGAACUGAUAGAAUUUGUGAAACAUUUCCGGGCACAUUUAAUGACAAUACAAUCAAUAUCUGCCAGUUGCAAUGGCGUUCAUAUGUGUUCAGUCAGUAUAGACAAAACUAUGAAAAUAUUUGAUGUCAUCAAUUUUGAUAUGAUAAAUAUGAUAAAAUUAGACUUUGUACCACUAUGUGCUGAGUGGAUAUAUUCAGCUGGUGAUGCAAUUGCUGCUGUGGCAGUUUCCUCACAAGAAUCAAAUAAAAUACACAUCUAUGAUGGUCAGGGUACCAAUAUACCUCUGCAUGUAAUUGAAAAAUUACACACUAAACCUGUCAUCAUCAUGAAAUACAAUCCCACCUAUGAAACAUGCAUCUCUGUUGACAAAGCAGGCAUAUUGGAAUAUUGGACAGGUCCAAAAACGGAGUACAAAUUUCCCAAAUGCAUAUCAUUUGAAUCCAAGCUGGACACCGACUUAUUCGAGUUUGCUAAAAAUAAAACUUAUCCGUGCGGCUUAGCAGUGUCGCCUGACGGUAAACGAUUUGCAUCGCUCAGCGGCGACAGAAAAGUCCGAGUUUUUAAUUUUCGAACGGGCAAAUUAUACAGAGUGUUUGACGAGACGCUCCAGAGGUUUACCGAGUUGCAGAAAACUGUAUUGCAACUUCCAAACAUGGAGUUUGGACGCAGGCUUGCGGUCGAGAGGGAAUUAGACAAGACCGAGGUCAACUUGGGAAAUAUCAUUUUCGACGAAUCUGGUUAUAUCAUCUUGUAUUCGACGAUGUUGGGUAUCAAAAUGGUGAAUCUAUAUACUAACCGUUGUAUUAAAAUUAUGGGGAAGCCAGAAAAUAUACGACCAAUGCAACUAGCAUUGUUCCAGGGAAAAGCCAGAAAGACCACGGCCGCGUUGACCGUCGAGAUGGAGGCUUCCGAAAAUCCCACGAUGGAAAUGAACCGGCCGGAUCCAACGUUGUUUUGCACGGCGCACAAGAAGAAUCGUUUCUACAUGUUCACGAGACGCGAACCAGAAGACACAAAGAGCCAAGAAUGUGACCGAGAUGUCUUCAACGAGAAACCGUCGAAGGAAGAUAUUAUAUCUUCCACUGAGACCACGAACAUGCAAAAAAUAUACGACACUGCGAUUAUUCACACGGCGCUUGGCGACAUCCACGUGAAUCUCUUCGGCAAGGACGUUCCUAAGACGGUUGAGAACUUUUGCGUGCACGCGAAGAACGGCUACUUUAAUGGUCACAUAUUCCAUCGAGUCAUUAAAGGUUUCAUGAUACAAACGGGCGAUCCCACUGGAACCGGUACCGGUGGCGAAAGUAUAUGGGGAGGCGAGUUCGAGGACGAAUUUAAGCCGAACUUGAGACACGACAGACCGUAUACUUUGAGUAUGGCCAACGCGGGCGCGAACACGAAUGGUAGCCAGUUUUUUAUUACAUUGACACCGACGCCAUGGCUGGACAAUAAGCAUACCGUUUUCGGCCGAGUUCAUAAGGGUAUGGAAGUCGUUCAAAAUAUCAGCCAAGUAAAGACGAAUCCGAAAACCGACAAGCCUUACGAUGAUAUACGUAUAGUUAGCGUGACUGUAAAGUAGCUUUAUAAAAUAAACAUUCCACCGUGGUGUUUGUACAAAAUACAUUGGUCUCGGUUAUCGCGAGACUCGCCAUCUGACGAUGUUCACGACGUUUUAUGUGUCUUCGAUCAUGUGGUAUCUCGCUCCUCGGAUGAAGUUGUACAUUCCUGUGCCGCAGACGAACAAAUUCACGCUGAACAGAUUGUAGUUCUUAGGCGUGAUCACCAGCGAGUACCUGAAAUCGCGCGAGUCUUACCAAGUUGUAAAAUUAGCGGUAGCAUGAGAUUUUCACUCGAAGCAAGAGCAGUAUUGCACCUGGACCAUAUUGCGCUUGAGACCAUCAAACUCGCAGUUUGACUGAGAGAAAUCGUAUCCGGAGGUCGUUUGAGAUCACCUAUGCCCGCAAGUACUAGACCCCAUUUGAACGUCGGCGCCCAGAAAAAUACAGUAGUCGGGCCUGUUGUGUUUAGACGGUCGAAAAUAAUCUUACCUUUUUUUUAUUAUUCAGGAACACACAAAUAUCUCGAUAAUAUCAAGAUCUUUGUCUGCACUUCUCUCGGAAGAUUCGCAUGUAUAAUUGUGACACCGAAAUCACGGUACCUUACCCGCAGGAUGCAGAAACGCGGCACGAAAUCGCUCUGGCAGGAACGUGGCGAUCUGCGACAUUAAUCUGCGAUAAGCGCUGCUAUUACCGGGCGACGUCAUCGUCUGGACGAUUCUGUGCACGAUUAUCGUGAAAAAGUAUACAUUGCGAGCGUGUAAAUGCGGUUAAAAACGUUUGGUCUGUAAAGUCUGUAACAAAGAUGUAUCGGAACGAAUGUUGAAAUGAAGUUUCACAGUCGCGCGUUGCGACCGAUUUUCUCUGA